CCACCAGCGAAGAAACGAAGCCUUUGACCACACUAUCGGUGAGCUGAGAGAUCCCUGAUUCCUUCGCGUGUGAAAAAAAAUAGAGGGAAAGGUUCGAUCUUUACUCUGAUUCCUUCUUCUUCGACCUCUGAUCUGUGAUUUUCUUUAUUUUAUUUUUCCAUUUUCCUGUUCUGGUUUUAUGUCCGUUCUGAUCUAGCUUUAGAGUGAAAGAGGGCUUUUUUCAUACCCUCAGGUCGAUUCCUAUCCUUCUUUUUUCUAGCUUUUUGAUCGCAAGAGGCUACCUUUUUCAGCUAGACCUCGUUCUCGAUCUCUUUCUUACUCGCGAUCUACAACUUUUUUAGGUUCUUUUACACCUCAGUUUGUUAAUUGAUUAGGGAAAAGCAGUAGCUUUGCUUGCUUUGCUUUACAGAUCAGGCAUGGCGACAGCCAUAGAUUUGUACAGUAGUAUACCAGUUUUCUCCUCGUCAGAUCCAUUGAGAGAAGCGCUUGAACCUUUUAUUAAAGUUGCUUCCUCUCUCGAUCCACUCUCUUCCAGUUUCUCCUCCUUCUACCUUCCUCAAAACCCUAGCUUUGAACUUGCCAUGCCUCUUGGACACGCCGCAGAGAUGCUUCCUCAAAGUCCUAGCUCGGUUGGGCUUAAUUGCCUCUCCCCUGCUCAAAUCCAGCAGGUACAGGCGCAAUUCCACCGUCAGCAGCUUAUUCAGGCGCCCGCCGACCGCCGGAGCCAGAGGAAUAUAAACUCCCUCGCCCCCCAGCCGCCGCCCAUGAAGCGCAAAAGCUCUCCGACGAAGCCCGCGAAGCUCUUCCGCGGUGUUCGGCAGCGGCACUGGGGCAAAUGGGUGGCGGAGAUCCGCCUCCCUCGCAACCGCACCCGCCUAUGGCUCGGCACCUUUGACGCCGCCGAGGAGGCCGCCUUGGCCUACGACAAGGCCGCGUUCAUGCUCCGCGGUGACGGUGCGAGACUCAACUUCCCGGAGUUUCGGCACGGCGCGGUGCACCUGGGGCCGCCGCUGCACCCCGCGGUGGACGGCAAGCUCCAGGCCGUAUGCCACACCCUGGGGAUCUCCGGAAAGCAGGGGGCCACCCCGCCGUGCCCGGUGGCCAGUGAGGGUAGCACGGAGGACAGCAAGUCUGAUUCCUCCUCAUGGGCCGAGGAGGAGGAGGACUCGUCAGCCGCCGAGCCGGCGAUGCAGCACUUGGACUUCACUGAGGCACCGUGGGACGAGUCGGAAACCUUUGUGCUGCGCAAGUAUCCAUCGUGGGAGAUCGACUGGGACUCCAUUCUCUCUUCAGAUUAGCAUCGCGCUCAUGGCCUCUUCUUCUCUUUUCAGUUCAGCAGUAGUAGAAAUCGUUGCAGUGUGAUGCAGUAAAACAUCAUGGUUUGCUGAUUUUUUGAGGCAAAACCAUGAAGUCUGCCAUCUCGAUCUUCAUAACUCUCAUUUGUGUAUAUCGUGAUCUGAUAAAUCUCUGCUGUUUGAUAUAUAUUUACAUUGUGUAUAACAAACUGUUGUUUGUUAGAUAUUGUUUGCCAA